AUGCAACCGAGUGUUCUCACCAACCUAUUCUUUAGCUGUGGGUCCAGAUUUGUGCUAGCGCAACUUGGUCUUGGUACGGCCACUAGUUCUCCGACGGACUUGGACUAUCACCUCACUCGGAGUGGACAUAUAAAGCUAGCGGCUAUGAAUAACUGUCAAAUAGAAAAAAGUGGCCUCAGUCUAAUAGUCGAUUGCAGACAUACCACACUGUUGGAUAUUGUGUAUGGAUCAGAUACUCAUUGCAAUUGCAACCUUCAAGUGGUUUUACAACAACUGAGUUCCUCCCAGCAAAAGGCCUAG